UCGGUCGGUUUUUGAAACUUCUAGAAUAAGACGGUUGGUGGAGUUGGACGCUGGAGCUCCCGCACCGCUGCUGCCUGGGCCUCUGCUCCGCACGUCAACUCUUCCGCUGCUGCGCUGCAUUCGUGACUCUUCUUUUUCUUCUUACGGACCACCGCCAUCCGACACUGUCUGACGCUCGCUCAGUCCGUCGUCGUCGUCCGGUCGGUAUAACCCGUUUGACAGCCCUAGGUAUGGAGGAUAAUAGCAAAGCGAGCGUAGUGAAAAAGCUCCAAGCUGUGAAGCAGAAGAACGGCAAGUCGUACAGUCAGUUAGCGGAGGAAACCGGACUGACCAACGUCUAUGUUGCCCAGCUCCUCAAAAGACAAGCUCAGCUCAAACCCCAAACUGCCCCUAAGCUCCGGGCAGCCCUCCCUGACCUGACCGAUGAUCUUUUGGAAGAGAUGAUGAGGCCCCCCUUGAGGUCUUAUGACCCUCACCUCAUCCAAGAACCCACUGUAUAUAGGUUGAAUGAAGCUGUUAUGCAUUUUGGGGAGAGCAUUAAAGAAAUAAUCAAUGAAGAGUUUGGCGAUGGGAUCAUGUCAGCAAUAGAUUUCUACUGCUCAGUUGACAAAGUCAAAGGAGUAGAUGGGAAAGAUCGUGUGGUCGUGACAUUUGAUGGAAAAUAUUUGCCAUAUUCGGAGCAGAAAUCAGAGCACAUGGUUUCAAGACAAACGCCACACAGAAAUUAAUGAGUGCCGUGAUGCGUCAACCGAUACCAAAAUCUUUCCGCACAGGCAGAUUCUUCUCUGCCUGUGUUUUGUAUUACUGCAUGAUGUUUUUGUUCGCUGAUGUCUUGUUUGUGUGGCUUAUAUAUACUGAAAAUUGCUAAAAGUACAUAUUUUGUUCUUAAUGUGUGAUAAAGCCAGAAUAAAAGGUAUGUCCUAAACAAUUUUGGGUGUGGCUCUAGCUUGACCCAAAAUAAAUAAUGUACAAGUUUUUAGACUAGCCAACUUGGCCGUGUAUGGCUUUUGGGAUUCAUGGCGUUUGUAUCUUAAUUCUUAAAAUCUUUUAACAGUAAAUAAGCUUUUAUUGAA